AUGUCGAAACGAGGUCGCGGAGGUGCCUCUGGCAACAAGCUGAAGAUGACUCUCGGUCUUCCUGUUCCCAUCCUCUCCAACAUCAGCGCAUGUUUCCUGCAACCGCCAAAGUCCAAAUACCCAGUGAACCCACAGAUGAGGAGAAAACACCUAUACUUUGCGAUUUCAGCACAGAAGGACCCAGGACUCAUGGAGACCAAAAAACCAAACUGGAAGUGGAAGGCUAAUGGAUAA